GCUUUCCCGCAAUGCCAUUGGCCAAGGCGCUCUGUCACGGCAACAGAUCAACCUUCACUCAAGCUUGGCAGACGCGGGGCCAGGGGGGAGGGUCCACCCUUUCAGAUUGGACGCUUAGACACUGACAGCGGCCUGUGAUUGGUGGGUUGCGCUUGUCCAUCGUCGUAGCCCAGCGAUCGGGUUUGGCUGAGCUUGUCUGGCUCAGAGCUGAUGUGUCCGAGACCAGGAAGUGAAGUUUUCAGGCAGUUCAGCUGAGAGUGGAGCAGGAUGACCACUUUAAUACGUCGGGGACGACGCGGAGAGGAGGGACAAGACCGAAGAGCAGAUUCGGAUGAUGGCGGCAAAGAAAAGGAUGAAGAGUCCUCGGGAGAUUGCAAAGACAUGAGGCUAACGCUUAUGGAGGAAGUGCUGCUUUUAGGAUUAAAAGACAAAGAGGGUUAUACGUCCUUCUGGAAUGACUGCAUAUCUUCUGGAUUACGUGGAGGUAUUUUAAUUGAGCUGUCCCUGAGGGGUCGUGUUGUCUUGGAGCCAGCCACGCUAAGGAAGAAGAGGCUUCUGGAUAGAAGGGUUCUGUUGAAGUCCGAGGCCCCAACAGGUGACGUUCUAUUGGAUGAAACUCUGAAGCACAUUAAAGCCACAGAUCCCGCAGAAACUGUGCAGAGCUGGAUAGAAUUACUCACUGGUGAAACAUGGAAUCCAUUCAAGCUUCAGUUUCAACUGCGCAAUGUGCGCGAACGCAUUGCCAAGAGUUUGGUGGAGAAAGGAAUUCUAACCACAGAGAAGCAAAAUUUUCUACUCUUUGAUAUGACCACCCAUCCUGUCACCAACACCACGGAGAAGCAGCGGCUGGUGAAGAAACUGCAAGAAUGUGUACUUGAAAAAUGGGUUAAUGACCCGCAUCGCAUGGACAAACGGACACUAGGAUUGCUGAUACUGGCCCAUGCCUCCGAUGUCCUGGAAAACGCCUAUUCCACCUUGCCCGAUGAGAAAUAUGACAUGGCCAUGAACAGAUCGAAAGAUCUCCUAGAUUUGGAUCCCGACGUAGAAGCCAGCAAACCCAAUGCCACAGAAAUGAUAUGGGCCGUGUUGUCCGCUUUCAACAAAUCUUAAGAUACGUGGACAAAGCUAGAGACAUAGAAAACAAUGUAACCGUCUGAUUCUUUAGAGCCCAUGGGUUACCAAGAAGAACGGAGCGCAAGUGCUGUAUUUAAACAGACUAUAAACUUUGGAUCCCCCAGUUUGAUGGCCCACCUUUUAUUUCCUUCACCUUGAGCCUCCACUCUUUAAAAAUCACCAAUGUGUGUAUACAGAACACAUUUUACAAAAGAUGGACAUUCGAGGCACCUUUGUUGAUGAGGCAAUCACAUUUUCAUCACAUAAGCACCAGUCUGGGUGGGCAAUGAAUGGCUUUGACCAAUAACUUACUGGAUCCAUCCCUUUAGUUGAUUUCAUUGUGUUCCUAAGCAUUGUAGGGAUAGAUGUAAGGGAGACCAUUCCAUUUUAUAAAUCUCAAGUUGAAUUGUUCUAGAAUUACAAAGGACAAGCUACCCACAGUGCUCUUGGGGACUCCGGGCUACGUCCAAGUCAACACGUGGAAUACAAACUUGUGGUGUUGCCUUCGUCCUGUAACCCACCCUCAGUCUUGUCGGUCUAAGUUAACUUUUUUUUUUUGUCUAACGUUCCAGCUGAUCUGCAGCUGCCCUACUGUGGGCAAACAUGGGGAAGUGGCUACUUUUUUUUUUUUUUUUUUUUUUUUUUUUUUUUUUUCUGUAAGCGUUUUAGGUUUUCGUUUUUAGGCCAAAAAUGGUAUCUCUUGAUUUGAUCUUAAUACUAAUCUCAAUGCAGCGGUAAAAAGUAUGAGAAUCCCCCUUUGAAAAGGCGAAUUGCACGCUGGUUUAUAGUUUUGAAGGGGGGAAAAAAGAUUAUUUUUUCAUUGGGUCUAGCUAACUGCCUGACCCUUUUUUUUUUUGUCAUAGUGUCGGUGGAUAUUUUUUGGUGUGAGUGACGUAUAUUCAUGUUUGCACACUUGUAUCUUUUUUGCGUUGAUCUCUUGAAAAUGUUUGGAUGUAUAUGAGUGCAGUUUGAGGCGACGACUGCAAUAAUUGACACGUCCGUUUUAGGGUCAUUGUAAGCUUCCUUUUAAUCCAGGUUUGGCAAAAGCGUACUGGAAAGCCCAAUGAUGGAACAUUUGCUUUGAAUCGAGUAGAACAGGGGUGUCAAACUCCAUUUCAUCAUGGGCCACAUCAGCAAUUUGAUUGUCCUCAAAAGGGCCGGUUGUAG